AUGGGUUUGAGACAGGAGCACGCUGCCGCCGCUAUCGACCGCAAGAUUUAUGUUGUCGGCGGCAUAGUUCCUAUGGAGGAUUCGUCAAUUGCCACUGUUAACUCAAUGGAGGCAUACGAUGUUGACAGCGAUACUUGGACACCUGCCGCGCCUCUCCCAGUUCCGGUCAACCAUCCGAAUAUCGCGUCCACGGGCGGAAAGCUCUACUCCCUGGGUGGCCUCUCGGGGAAUACCAAUGGAUCAUUCUGGGGCCUCACCGAUGCAUUCGAAUACGACCCUUUGACCGACGCCUGGUCGGCUCUCCCACCUCUUCCCGAGGGGACCGGUCGAGGCAGUUCCAUUGUGGGCGUCUACCGCGAUGAGAUUAUCCUCGCCGGCGGCGUUAGUAGGAGCGAACAAGCCCUCAACGGGAUUCAAGAUACUGUUGCUACCGUAUCCGCAUACAACAUCAAAAAGCGUUCGUGGCGGUCUCUGCCUCCUCUCUCGGAAGGUCGCGAGCACGCAGGCGGCGCCGUCAUCGGGCAGAACUUCUACGUCGUCGGAGGCCGCAUUAAGGGGCCGCAGAAUAACAUGGAUACCGUCUUCGUGCUCUCACUGAAGACGUGGAAUUGGAGCGAGCGCAGUCCGAUGUCCACAGCCCGAGGAGGCAUUUCCGUCGCUGUUAUUAGAGAUAGAAUCUAUGCAUUUGGUGGCGAGAAUUCGGACCAGUCCACUGGGUUUGUACAUAACGAGACAGAGGUCUACAACGUCCCUGGGGACUGCUGGGAAAGCUUAGAGCCAAUGGCACUUCCGAGACAUGGCUUUGCUGCCGUAGCUUUGGGUGGAGCUAUCUAUACUCCUGGUGAUGGAUUGCGGAACUUUGGUUUCACAGACAAACUUCAGGCUUUUCACCCUGGGGAGAAUCGUGGACAUUAG